AGGUGCCAGUGGUGGAGCGGGGACAGUGGCCAGGUCCUGCAACAACGGGGUGCUCAGCUCUGCACCCCCAGUCCCACCACCUCCUCCAGCCUCUCUCGUUGGCCCCAGAAAAAAAUCCUUUGCCGGAAACAGCGAGGCUGGGGGAGGCAGAGGAGACACAAACCCUACGUGGUCCCCCUGAUGCUGCUCCUGCAGGAGCUGCCUGCGUUUUGUUCUCCCCAUCACUCGCGGCCACCGCAGAUGCAGGGGCAGCUUCCUCCCUCCACCCCCACGCAAAGAAACGGAAGCGUUUGAGCCACUUUCGUGGUUGUCACAUGAAAGUCGGUGUAAAUCUCUCCAAAUCUCUUGCUUAUCCUCCAGCAAACUAUUAACAUUCCUAAGGACUCUUCAUGUCUGGCCAGAAAUUCAUUAGCGAGGCGCCUGGCUCUGGAGGAGAGCGGGCCAUUUUGCAGGAGGCUGCUGGCACAGUGGGAGCUGGGCAGGGGCAGAGGAACGGUGGCAGGGGUGCUGUGUGUUUGGGGAUGGAGCACGGAAAACCUGCCCGGGUGGUCACUGUGAUGCGAUGGCCUUUGGGAUGGGCUGGAACCUCUUGAGUGUCGUUGCCCAAUGGGGCUGUAAUGCCGCUGGGAAGAUGUGGUUGUUGAGAAGUGACUUGAGGUGCCCUGCACGAGUGGUGUAACCAGUACAGAGCCCCACAUCUUAAUAUUUGGGAUGUGGGGCUCUUGAUGGUGGCUGUAGCUAGACAUGGAAACGUGGGAUUUCCCUAUGGUGGCACCAACUGGCAGGCUCAGGAGAGAGCUGCUUGGACCUGAGCUCAUCUGCUUAUCCUAACAGGGGUCACACCCCUCUGGGUCCAAACGAGGGGCCAACAAGAACCCCACGUACAGGUCUGGCAACCAGCAGCUUCCGGGUCAUGGGGCUGCAUGUGGCUUUUUGACCUGUAGCACAUGGAUCCGAGGUGGGAUGUCUUUCCUCCCCUUCUUUAGCCAUAUGGGAUUGGCAGAGCAGGAGAUCAUGGGACACAUGCUGGAGUGACGAGGCUCUGAUGGGAUCGAUGAGGCUCCAGCUGGGCUUUGUGGGUAGAGCCCAGGUGCAGGACACCUCGGCAUGCAAAGUAAAGCACCUGCUCGUGCAGGCAAGUCCUGUGAGGGCAGGGAGGUGGCAAGGAGCCACGCUGAGUGGUUUGGGGUGCUUUCCCUUUCUCCAGCAGCACGUACACCCAGAGACAGGCGCGUUUUGUAGCUCCCAAGUUUAUGGACUGAAACAACACAGAUGUGUAGCAAUGGGUAUGGCUUUGCCUUUGGGAUUGAGUUCUUUUGGGUGAGCCAGAAGAAUUCCCUGCUCUCCAGGCAGAUCCCAAACCUGAUCUAUCUGGUCUUUAUUUCUCACCUGUCCCCGUGGUGUCCAGACACAGCCCAUGAGCUGUGAUUUAUAUGCCACUUCCCUUCGGUCACAGAAGCAACCGAUGGCCACGGUGACAGCAGCUAUUUUAGUCAAAUAAGUAAUUAUCUGGAGUGUGAGUGACCGGGAUGAUGAGGCUACUCUGGCUGAUUGCAGGCGCCGUGCCUGGCUGUGAGCCCCCAUCUUCGUGUGGCUGCAGGGUGCUCAGCACCUGGCAGCAUUUGGCCCCAUGCCCUGUGGGGAUCGGGACGGGAAGGUGGCAGCUGCCUGGUGUCCCUUGGGAGCAAGGAGGGACAGGGCUGGGACCCACCACCAGAACAGGUCCUUGCUUUACAGCUGGGAGGGAGGUGAGCAGGGAGGAAACACUGCUGCAAGGGAGAGUGGAGGAAAGAUAAGAAGACCCAGCAAACAAGAGAGGCAGGGGGAUUGAGAGGACACGCUGCAAAGUCCUCAUGAGCAAAGGGUCACAGGCAGGUCUGUGUCCAGAUGUGCACUGAAGAACGGCCAAACAUCAGCCCUUGAGCUCCAGCAGCAAACCUGCCAGGGCCAGCUCUCCCAUCGCCAAUCCUGCUGUGAUUAGAGGUACAACCCCGAGCUAGGGAGGGUUGGAAAGCCAGGAUCAAUAAGCACUUGGUAAUUAACAUGCUUUAAUAAUAGCCUAAGGGUUGGUGUUUCCAAGCUGCCUGGGGGAGCCACACACCUGGCUCCAUUUGCUAGCAUCCCACCCAGGCUAGCUUUGGCCCCCAUGCAGGUGAAGGAGCUGAAGAACAGUGUUACCCUUUGGGAAAGCAGCAGCCGAUAAAGCUGUCGUGUGUUCCUGCAAGAGCUCAGAUGGAGAUUUUCAGCUUCCCCCUGUGGAGGGACAGCGUGGGCACAGCCGGGGGGCAUCGCCCCACAGUGACCCAUGAGGCUCCCACGUGCUCCCUCACCACAAAAUCACGGAGCCCGUCGUGGGGGAGAAGCCUCGGCAGGAGGAUGAUUCACUGUCGAAUCCCUGCACGCUACCAUCUGGUCUGUCCCUCAGCCCCACGCAAGACAAGAGGAGAGCCCGUGCUCCCUGCCCAUCCCAGCACCCAUGGGACCCACCAGCACUCGCCGCCCCGUGUUCCCAGUCCGCAGGCUGCAUGCUGCCCCACUUUCUCCUGCACCUCAGCCCUGUCCUGCUACAAACCUGCGCUGCUUUCCCGCUCCUCUCUCCCCUGCAAAAGCAGGGGCAGAGCGCAGGCCCGGCAAGAGCCUGCGAGCUCUUUGUUCUGCGCGGAGCAGCCGCUCACUCGGGGGACCUGUAUCUCAUCAGCCCUGUCUGCUGCCUCCCUGCCUGGGGAUACGAGGGGCUCGUUUGAAUUAAUUAGCAGGAAGGCUGCAGGGUUCUUCAGUCGGUGGCAGCGGGAAUACCUCUGCCAACUCACAUCAUCCCCCUGGGCAGGGGCACACUAGGACAAAUGGGGGAGUCUUUUGGGUCAGGACAUGCUUUGUGCAUGGGGGUGUAAAGCCCCCCGUUACCAAAGCCAGGUCAUGCUGGUGUGGGACGGAGCUGGGCACCCGGAGGGAGACAAAGAGGGCAGAGGGGGCAAGGAGGUGCAGAGCUCACUGAUGGGUGCUGCAGGAGCCCCUGCCCAUCCCUGUGUUUAGGCAGAGGGUUCAGGUAGGGAUUUCAGGGGUUCUUUUUCAAGAUUCAGGGCUUUGAGUCACCAGUGCUGCCUCGCACAUCCCAUACGUGAAACUGUGCCUUUAAUUAAACCAAAGUGAAGCCUUAAUUAAACGUAACUCGGAGACAGCCUACGCGUGAAGCAGGCGGCCGGUUCCCCACCACGUGAAGCAGCCACCGAUGUGUCUCCCCCAAGAAAGGUGCCACCGGAGAUAGGGUGAAGGAAGACAGGGCGGGUGAGAGGAGAUGAGGCUGUCCCUGACCCGUGUGCAUCACUGGGGAGAGCAAGUGGAUUUGGGAUGUGGAGAAUAAGGGGUGCCAGGUGCCCUUAGAGGAGCCAGGUCCCCUCAGGGCACAGGCAGCUGGGAUGCCACUUCAAGGGUGCUGGUUCCCCCCAGGGGUGCCAGUUCCCAUCAGGGGUUCCAGGUCGCCUCAGGACACAGACAGACAGGGUGCUGGUUCCCCUCAGGGUGCCAGAUCCUCCCGAAGGAGCCGGUUCCCUCGGGGCGCACGCAGGCGGGUGCCGCUUCCCCUCGGGGGUGCCUGUUCCCCCGGGGUCCGCGGUGAGGGCGGGUGCGGGCGGCCCCUCGGGGCGGGCCGGGGCGGAGCUGCCUCCCCGACACCGCCCCUCGCUGCCGACAAGGGAUGAGGUAAUCGGGGAAGCGGCUGAAAUUGAAGCCCGGCGGCGGCGGCAGCGGCGGUGCAGCCCGGGCCGGGGCAGCCCCGGCGGGGCUCGCCGCGCCAUGACGGAGCGGUGCAGCCUGUGGAGCGCCCUGUCAGCGGCCGCUUGCUGCUUUUACCGCGGCUCCUUCAUGCAGGUUCAGUUCUCCAAGGAGAAAUACAUCCUCGACUCGUCACCAGAGAAGCUUCACAAGGAGCUGGAAGAGGAGCUGAAGCUGAGCAGCACCGACCUGCGCAGCCACGCGUGGUACCACGGCCGCAUCCCCCGGGAGGUGUCAGAGAGCCUUGUGCAGCGGAACGGCGACUUCCUCAUCCGUGACUCACUCACCAGUGUGGGCGACUAUGUGCUGACAUGCCGCUGGCGCAACGAGCCCCUCCACUUCAAGAUCAACAAGGCGACGGUCAAGUCCAGCGAGGGCCAUACCCGCGUCCAGUACCUCUUUGAGCAGGAGAGCUUUGACAACGUGCCUGCCCUCGUCCGCUUCUACGUGGGCAACCGCAAAGCCAUCUCCGAGCAGAGCGGAGCCAUCGUCUACUGCCCCAUCAACCGCACCUUCCCCCUGCGCUACCUGGAAGCCAGCUACGGGCUGGCCAACGGCAAGCAUGGGGGACCCCACAGCCCCACCACCCAGAAAGGGGGGCACAUCAAGAGGAGGAGCAUCACCAUGACGGACGGCCUGACGGCAGACAAGAUCACUAGGGCUGAGGGAUGCCCAACCAGCGUGUCCCUGCCCCACCACAGGGACAUCAUUCGCAACUGUGCUGUCAGCGUGGACCAGAUCCAAGACCUGCACUCCCCGAUGUCCCCCAUCUCUGAGAACCCAGUGUCACCUGCCUACAGUACAGUUACUCGGCUAAAGCCACACGCCUGCCAAGCAGCUGGGAUUGCCCCGGCCUCUCCGGUCAUAAGAAGGUCCAGUGAGCCUCAACUGUGCCCAGGGAACAGCAGCAAACCCCUGCCAGACCCUGCCCACAGCACCCACUCGACUCCCUGCCACGGGUACGCCCGUGCCUCCCCCUCUCCCUCCGUGAACAGCUACAGCGACCCGGACACGGGGCAUUACUGCCAGCUCCACCCCACCUCGCCCAUCGGCAGAGACCGGCCAGCUCAUGACACCAAGGUGCUGCCAACAAAGAGCUACGUGGAGAGGCUAAAGGUGGAGGAAGGACAGAGAGGGACUGAGAAUGGCUCCGGGGAAGUGGAGGCAGGGCAGAGGCUGAAAGGAGAGCAGGACUUCACGGGCUUUGUGCCCCCCACCAUGGAGACAACCUCCUCCUUCAACCCUGCGGCCUUCCAGUCCCUGCUUAUCCCCCUGGAGAACAAACCCCUGGAGAUGGCCGUGCUCAAGAAGGUCAAAGAGCUGCUAGCAGAGGUGGACGUGAAGACGCUGGCCAAACACAUCACCAAAGUGGACUGCCUGGUCGCCCGGAUAUUGGGUGUGACAGCGGAGAUACAGCGGCUCAUGGGGGUGAGCUCUGGCAUGGAGCUGCUCACUCUGCCCCACGGCCACCAGCUCCGCCUGGACCUGCUGGAACGGUUUCACACCAUGUCCAUCAUGAUCGCCGUGGACAUCCUGGGCUGCACGGGCAGCACAGAGGAGCGGGCGGCCCUGCUCCACAAAACCAUCCAGCUGGCUGCCGAGCUGAAGAGCACCAUGGGGAACAUGUUCAGUUUUGCAGCCGUGAUGAACGCCCUGGAAAUGACACAGAUCACCCGGCUGGAGCAGACCUGGAUGGUGCUGCGGCAGCGGCACACGGAGGGUGCAAUCCUCUACGAGAAGAAGCUCAAGCCAUUCCUGAAGAGCCUGAACGAAGGGAAAGAAGGGCCGCCGCUGACCAACACCACCUUUCCCCACAUCAUACCACUCGUGACUCUCCUGGAGCGGGACGAGGCUCUGACGGACAGCCCUGAGCCCUGGGAGACCACCGACAGCGGUGUGGAGGUGGUCAUGGCCCACCUGGAGGCAGCGCGGAUGGUGGCACACCACGGUGGGCUCUACCACACCAACGCCGAGGUGAAGCUGCAGGGUUUCCAGGGCAGAGCGGAGCUGCUGGAGGUCUUCAGCACCGAGUUCCAGCUGCGGCUGCUCUGGGGCAGCCGUGGGGCUGAGAGCAGCCAGGCCGAACGCUACGAGAAGUUUGACAAGGUCCUCACCGCCCUGUCGCACAAGCUGGAGCCGGCAGUGCGCUUCAGUGAGCUGUAACCUCCUGGGGUGCUGGGACCCCCCCAGCUCCCAGCCUGCCCCCAAAGCAGCUGUGGGGCAAGGGCUGGGGCCAAGCACCCAGCACCAGGAGGAGGAGAGAUGGCCCAGAAGGGUGCUGAGCAAUUAUGAGACAAAGAGGAGGAAAACCAGCCACGUCCCAUCUACCACCCACCUCCCUGUGAUACAAGGCACAGCUGCCUCGAGGGACAGGGACAGUGUCUGAGCAGGCCAGUGCUGGCGUCCACCAUCCAGCCCCACUGAGGUCCAUGACUGCACAGUGCCCCUCACCUCACCCUUCGGUUUCUAUUCCAUCUCCAUCUUGCCCACAGUCACUGGAUCCCGCUUGUAAAUACGUUCUCACCAUCACUUCUCGAUGUACAGACUUGUGAAGGACGGCUCUCGUUGUAAAUAAUUAGGCUCAUUCGUUUCAUCUUGUAAAUAUGUGUACAUAUCUCAUGGGUUUGGUUCUUACAUACAAUAAACUUUUAUGCUGUUCCCCAAGGGGA